AUGGACGCAAGCACGCUCAAACCUGCCGAAGUCGCGGUCUAUUUCGUCAAGCAAGGGAUCGCCAAGCACAACGAUCGCUUGCUCGCGGUCUUCUUCAAAGCUGUGCUAGCUGGCGUGAUGCUGAGUUUCGGUGGAUUAUUGUCAGAGGUCAUUUCGGGCGGGUCGCCCGCGCUCACCCUAGCCAACCCCGGCCUGGUAAAGAUACUAGGAGGAUUUGUGUUCCCCGCGGGACUCGUGAUGAUUGUUUUGCAAGGGCAUGAGCUCUUAACGAGUAACAUGAUGGUCUUUCCCAUGGCUCUUAUCAAGCGAGCGGUGCCUUGGUGGUCGCUUCCCCUCAACUGGAUAAUCGUAACAUUCGGAAACCUCGUUGGCUCGCUAUUCUUCGCUGCUAUUCUCGUGAAAUAUAGUGGGAUCCUCUCUGCCCCACCAUACCCGGCCUAUGUUACUUCUUUCGCCGUUAAGAAAGCAGUCGACCCCGAAUGGCACCAAGUAUUCCUCCGCGGGAUAGGCUGCAACUGGCUAGUCUGUGCUGCGGUCUGGAUGGCCGCUGGAGCACGAGAGACAGUAUCCAAAGUUAUCGUGAUUUGGAUCCCUAUCUGGCUAUUCGUAGCAUGUUCGUUCGACCACGUUGUGGCAAAUAUGUUCUCUGUCCCGCUCGGCAUCAUGUUCCACGCGCCAGAACUGACAGUCGCUGGCUACAUCCGAAAAUCCCUUAUUGCAUCAUAUCUUGGCAAUAUCGUCGGCGCGCUGUUUGUUGCGUUGCCAGCAACGUAUUUCUAUUUGGGGGACUACCAGGUCGAUGGGCUACGGGAGGCGGAAGCGGGGGAAGUGCUGCAGAACCGCGACGAAAGUAGCGUGAAUAUGGAUGAAAAGAACAAGUAG